CCAAACAAUACAUCAACACCCAGAGAGACUUUCCCUGUCAGUCUCAGAGUUUCUCUGGAGGAUCUCAGCGAGGUAAAGUCUUUGAGGAUAAUUUGGGAAAAUGCCAGAGGAGGAACAGCGAGAGAAACUAUCCCGAGUGAUCCGGCAGUGGAACAACAACAGACUGGACCUGUUCGAGAUCACUGCCCCUGAUCAGAAUUUGGAGUUUCAUGGCGUGAUGCGUUUCUACCUGGAGGACGGAGUCUCAGGAAACGUAGCGACUAAGUGUCUGCGGGUCAGCAGCAGCUGGAAAACUCUGGAAGUCAUCGACACGCUGUCGGAGAAAUUCAGACCUGACAUGAAGAUGCUGACGAUGAGCUAUUCUCUGUUCGAGAUCCAUGCCAACAAAGAGCGUAAACUGGAAGUGGAUGACAGUCCGUUGGUCGUUCAGCUGAACUGGAACAGAGACAACAGAGAGGGACGCUUCGUGCUCAAAAAAGACCAGAAAAGUUUGGAGAUAAAGGAGAAGAGUCAGGAGAAGGAGAAAGGAGGUGUGAUGCAGAGCUUCAAGAGGACGAUGUCCAGGAAAGACAAGAAGAAAGACAAGAACAGAAAUAAAGAAACGGAGAAGAGGUCCACGGAGAAUCUGAUGAACAACAACAGCAUUUAUGUUUCUGACUACGAGACAAAAAAGAGCGGUGGCCUCGGAGGAAAGCACAAAGACAAUCCACACUUGUCGGAUGAUCCUGGAUUACCGAUUGGAGUUACAUUCAGUGAAUCCUCGGAGCACGGCUUCCUGUCUGCGGUGAUAAACUACACCAACAGCUCCACGGUUCACUUCCAUCUCUCGCCGGCGUUCAUCCUGUAUGCCGCCGCUCGAUCCGCUCUGAAGACACAGCAAGCCACGGAGAUCACCAACAAGAUGGCCGCCAUGACGGGGAGGGUCAUACAG